GAUUUUGGUCACGUGGUCAGUGUUUUCAAAAAUUCUGCUUUAGGGUGAUCAUGGUCGGUGUUGGCUGCCUGCCGCUUCCUGUACAACUUGCCAUGUUCACGGCGCAGUAGAACAAUCUUCUUGGAUUUCCCAGUUUAAGUGUAACUUUUUGUAUCGAUUGGAGAAAGUUCGGGUCGCUGUGAGCACAUUUCUAGCAGCGUAGCAGCUACUGAGUACGAGUUCCAAGUGGUCCAAUUUUCAAGAUGGCUGCCGGAGAGUAACUAACUCACAAGUGUUGGCACCUCAGUUUUGUUCGGGACAGGAUAUCCUAUCGUCUAUCUGUUGGGCCAUAAGAUACAGGAGAUUGUUGUGUACAGGAGGAAGUACUACUGGCGUGUAAUAGUUGUCUUCCCGUGAGUAUUUACUGGUUGUGAGACUCGUGAGACGGGCUGUUGUCCGGAAGAGUGGGGGCGGCCGGACGACUGGAUAGCGAAAAUUCGUCUGUACAACCGUGACGGGCAUGGCGACGACAAUGGCCAUGGUCUUCAGGACUAUAUUACUGAUCUGCUGUAUCACAGGAAUCACCACAGCAGAUAACUUGUUAGGACCAUCUGUGCAGACAGAGCCUGAGGAUGAUGUUGUUCUGGAAGGGAACAGUAAGAAUAUGGCGUGUGUUGGAAGGGGCAGCAGUCCUCUGGAGUACAGGUGGCUGAAGGAUGGGCAGGAGAGGACAGGCUUUAGUACCAGUGGCAGGCUGAGACUCAUCAAUGUGUCACCUCAGAAUGAUGCAGGGGAGUACCGCUGUAUCGUGAAGAACUCGCUAGGAAUGGUGCUCAGCAAGAAGGCACAACUGGAUGUUGCCUAUAUUGGACAGUUUCCCUCCAGCCCGACCAGUGAGUCUGUGGAUGCAGGGCAGCCCAAAGUACUCAGCUGCCCACCGAUAGACAGUGUCCCAGUACCUCGCUACUCAUGGUUCAUCGAUAACACUCUGAUUCAGACUAACACACGGACAAGGUUCAUCACUGUGGAUGGUCGGCUGGUCCUCCUGUCCUCCUCAGGGUCUGACUCCAGACAGUACAAAUGUAGGGCUUCUAACGAUGAUGUUGCUGAUGACAGAAUCAGUCAAACCAUUACCUUGAGUGUUAGAGGGUCUGUGAGUUCCACCCAACAGAUCCAGCCCACCAUUGUGAUCCCUCCAAUAGACCAAAAUGUGGAGAGGGGGGACAACCAAGCUGUGUUUGAAUGUGUGCCUAAUGCCAAUCCCAUCAACAGCCUGACCAUCACCUGGAAGAAAGACGGCGAGGUCGUCACGGCUGGUCUGAGUGACUUCAACAGGAAACUGACCAUCAAUUUCCCUACGGACAGUGACGAGGGCAUUUACAAGUGUGAGGCCAGACUGGCUGGGAGUUCCUACAGUCCUGCCUCUGCCUAUGCUAACCUCACUAUCUAUGAUGAACCAGUCUUCACCCGGAGACCACCCAUCGAAAGGAGAGGAAACCUAGAUCACUCCACAGACAUCCAGUGCCAGGCUGCCGGCACGCCCCAGCCCACCAUCAAAUGGUACUACGAUGCCGUCGACAUCGCAUCAUUUGCAGACAGCAACAAGUACCAGGUGCUGAGUGACGGGUCGCUGCGCAUCAUGAGCCUGGGGGAGGCUGACCAGGGGAUGUACCAGUGCUUUGCUGAGAACGCCCAGGGAAGCGUACACGCAGCCACCAGGCUUAUUGUACAGAACCAGCGCAUUGCUCCCAAUAUCAUUGACCCUCCUGCCCCCACGUCAGUCGUGGAUGGGAGUGUGGCUCGUAUGAGGUGUUCUGCUGAAGGUGCGCCCCGCCCGACCAUCACAUGGUACAAAGGUGCAGCUGUGCUGGGUAGUGUGACCCUUACAGAUGAUGUGCAGGUGGGCAGCACGGUAGCCUCGGUGUCAGGCAGGUUCAUGGUGCUGCAGUCUGGCGACCUGCUCAUCUCUCCUGCCAGGAAGGAGGACAGCGGCAGUUACAUGUGCACCGCUGCCAACUCCAUUGGUUCUGUCAGUGCUAAUGCCACACUUACUGUGCAGAUUCAAACAGAGAUCACGACACCCCCACGUGACCCUACGGAGGUUAUCAAGGGUACAACAGCUGUGCUUGAGUGUGGCGUGUCACAUGACACCAGCAUCUCCAUACACCUGUCCUGGUGGAAGGACGGGGAGCCCAUCCGACCCGACAGUCGCUACACCAUCACUGCACAGGGCUCUCUGCAGAUCAGAUCUGUGUUUGUGGCUGAUGUGGGGAUAUACACAUGUAACGUCACUUCAGCUGGGGGCAAUGACUCAGCUAGUGCAUACCUGCUGGUGAAAGAGCUGCCACACAAGCCCACAGGUGUUUCUGCUGUACUGAGUAAUGUGGAGAACAGGGCCAUCGUGUUGAACUGGGACAUCCCCUUUGAUGGCAACAGUCCCAUCGAGAGGUUCGUCCUGGAGGUCAAAGAAGACAAAAGGAGUACUGUACUCUCUCCUUCCUCAUCCCUCUCCAGUGAAGAUGAGGACUGGGCGGUGAUGCAGUCCAGCGUAGACCCUGCCUCCACCAGCCUGGUGCUGCGGAACCUGCGCCCCUCCAUGGGGUACCAGUUCCGCAUCAAGGCUGUCAACCGCAUCGGCGAUGGACCAUUUAGUGACCCCACACCGAGAGUCAGACUUCCUAAUGAAGUACCUGAUGCUCCUCCCCAGGGGGUGCUGGCAAGUGCCCGUGACACUGAGUCCAUCAUGCUGGAGUGGAGGGCUCCACCAGAGGAGAACCAGAAUGGAGACUUGUACGGCUACAUGAUCAGCUACAACAUCAUCGGACUGGGAUCCUUUGCCGACGAAAGGAACAUCACCGAUCCAUCAGCGACUAGCUACGUGCUAGAUGGUCUGAUCGUCUUCACUGAAUACGAGAUCCGCAUAGCUGCCUACAAUAUAGAGGGUGUUGGGGUGUACAGUAAUCCUAUCACUCAGAGGACUGCAGAAGGAGUUCCCACCCGAGCACCUGAACUUCAGGAGGUUACGUCUGUGAACUCUUCUGUAUUGGAACUGACCUGGAGAGGCUGCAACACUGCCUACAUCAAUGGCAUCAACCAAGGGUACAAGAUGAAAGCCUGGGGGUUUGACAGGGACCCCCUGCGACAUCCCGCUAACAUCACCCAGCUGGUGUUGCCUGGACCUAACCAGCAGACAGAACACAUGGUCAACGUGCGCAAGUUUACUCGCUACCGCAUCGGUGUGCUGUGCUACACCAGUGUGGGCGAUGGCCCACUGAGUAAUCUGAUAUUGGUCAGGACACUGGAAGAUUACCCAGGCCCUGUGGACCGCCUGCGCUUUACAGAGGUGAUUGACGAGUCAUUCCUUGUGAGCUGGAGGCAGCCACGAGACGUGAACGGCGUUCUGCUGGGAUACGAGGUUGGUGUUCAGGAGUUUAACCUGACCAGCACCCGUCAGGUGUACCCUGUAGAGAACGACACCCUUCAGUACCGCGUGACGGGACUCACCAGGCUCACCAAGUAUGAGAUUGAUGUCCGUGCCAGAACAAGAGUGGGGCUUGGACCUGCUGUUGUCUCUACUAUCACCUCAGGAGAAGUUCCAGAGCGACCGGAGCCCCCACAAAAUGUAGCCAUCUCAAGAGUGACAACAGAUUCGGUCUACAUCCAGUUCACCCCUGGGGACAGCGGAAAGACUUCCAUUAUCGAGUGGACCGUGGAAGCACAGGUUGGGGAAGACCCAGAGUGGCGGGUUGUGUAUAUCUCUAAUGAUGAGAAUGCACUCUCCCUGACCAUACCCAACCUGAGGCCGUACACGCACUAUGUGUUUAGGAUGAAGGCCUCCAACGUGGUAGGAGAUAGUGUGUACACACCUGAGACCAGGAGGAUACGAACCAUCUCAGCACCCCCAACUGGUAAGCCCAGGAAUGUGACUCUUAUUCCGGCCAGUGAGACAUCUCUUCGAGUCCGUUGGGUGCCCUUAUCCCAGGACGAGUGGUUUGGUGCCAUGCAGGGGUACCUUGUCCAGUAUAACAAGUUGAAUGAGACCCGGAUCCAGCAGGCUCACGCCACAGACCCCUGGGCAUUUGACUUUAUCCUGGAGGGUCUGGAGGAAUGGACAGCCUAUGAGGUGCAGGUUCAGGCCUAUAAUGAUGUAGGGAGUGGUCCAUGGACUGAGCCUGUGGUAGAGCGGACAAGAGAGUCAGUUCCCUCAGCAGGUCCUGACCCUGUAUCAGCCUACGCUGCCAGUCCCACCAGCAUCAACGUCACCUGGGGCAGGGUUCCAGAGAGUGAUGAGAACGGGCUCAUCCUGGGGUACAAGGUUAUGUACACAGAAUCUGAAGAUGUGCAGGGGAAUGCAGAAAUCCAAUACAAACAGGUGAACGGCAACAACACUAACGGCACCCUGGUGACUGGCCUGCGCAAGUUUGUGGAGUACGACAUCCAAGUGUUGGCAUUCACACGGGUAGGGGACGGCGUGCCUACAGAUCCUCAGACUAUCAAGACAUUGGAUGAUGUCCCUGGUUCACCUGGAAACGUCAUGUUCCCUUCUGUGACAUUCACCGCUGGGAACACAGCAUCUGUUACUGUGAGAUGGGAUUCUCCUCAGGAGCCUAACGGUGUUAUUGAAGAAUACCGGGUGGAGUACGGACUUGCUGACUCCAGAAACCGUAGGAAACGACAGGUGAACUACCAGGAACAGACCGUCGGUGCUAACAACCGUAGCCUGACUGUUACCAACCUGGCCAGGGACAGAACCUACAACUUCCGCAUCACUGCCAAGACCCGUCACGGCUGGGGAGACCCAGAGACUGUUCAGGUCUACACCACUAACAGGAGAAAUCGCCCAUCCAUACCUGGACGCCCUGCAGUCCCCCAGGACGAGGUCCGGUCCCGCCAGGCCACGAUGACAUGGCUGCCGAGCAGCGAUGGAAACGCUCCCCUGCGUUAUUACAUCGUACAGACGUACAAGGGCUCCCGCGGGCCAUGGGUCAACCGACCGGAGCAAGUCGAUCCCUCGCUCUCAGUAUAUGUUCUGACAGAUCUGCAGCCCUACACCACCUACAAGGUGCGCAUCAGAGCAGGCAAUGAUAUUGGUGAAAGUGACUGGAGUUUGGAGUCCAACACGUUCACCACUUUACAAGCAGCUCCAAGCGGCCCGCCAACCAUCACUGACUACUACCCUUACACAACUACCUCAGUCAAGGUCAUCUGGCGGGCACCGCCUUCCAACACCCACAAUGGAGCCAUAACAGGAUACCGUGUCCAGUACCGUAAGCUGCCGACACUCGACAGGUUCACCACCAUCAUGCUGGACGACCCGAAUGUCAGGCAGUACGAGCUCACUUCCCUGGAGAAGUUUGAGACGUAUGAAAUCAAGGUGAACGCCUUCAACGUGAUGGGCCAGGGGCCGGCCAGCAGUACAGUGGAGAUCACCACUGGUGCAGCAGUUCCUCGGCUGCCACCCUCCAAUGUGCAGAUUGUACAGGUGCAGGCCACCACCAUGUCAAUCACAUGGACAGCUCCACCUGCUAACACAACCAACGGAGACAUCCAGGGUUACAAGGUGCAUUACUGGAUCCAUGAACAGAAACAGACCACCGAGCGGAUGUCAGCAGUACUGCAGCCAGUGACCCAGCACCGGCUGUUGGGGCUGCACAGUUACACCACAUACUGGAUUCAAGUCUCCUGUUUUAAUGCAGCAGGGGACAGCAACCGCAGCAGUCCGGCUGUACGGGCUCGCACUGAACAAGCAGAGCCUGGUCGUCCUGGGCCCAUAUCAUUCUCCACCAUAGCCUGUUCCCUGAAUGAGCUGAGGGUGAAUUGGGAAUUACCUCAGCACCCCAACGGGCCCCUGACAGGGUACAGAGUCUCCUAUGAACCAGACCAACCAGUCCAAGGCAUCAGUACCUCAGUGAUGGUGGAUGUGGUGGGAACACAGCGCAGCCUGCAUGUGAAGGAACUGAGGGAGCAGGUCAGAUACGUGUUCCGUGUGCGUGCACGGACAGCCAUCGGGUAUGGAGAUGAAGUCAUAGGGAACUACACAACUGGACCUGGCAUUGGUGGCCCAGGUGCUCCGUCCAAGCCCUCCAUGAGGAUUGACAAGGACUCUGUGUUCCUGCAGUGGUCUGCUCCGUCCUCCACCGGAUCCUCCACCAUCACACAGUAUGUGGUGGAGAAGAGACCAGAAGAUUCUAUAUAUUGGUCCCACUUGCCAAUAGAGCUAGGUGCAGAGGCUAGGUCUGCUGUGAUUUCAUUUGAUGACCUACCGGACAAGAGGGCCACCUACACCUUCCGUGUGAUCGCCAGGAACUCCAGAAGCUGUGGCCUACCCAGUCAGGAGUCCGACUUUCUCCCCAACAGCUACCUUAGCUCCUAUGCAGCAGACCCCACCCGCCAGUACUGGUUCCUCAUCAUCAUCGCUCUGGUCUUCCUCAUCCUUUUAGUAGUGUUAAUAGCAGUACUAUGUAUGAGGGGUUCCAGUGAGCGAUACAAACGUAAGGCAACAGUUAAAAAGUCAGAAACUGAGGAACAGCUCAGCAGCACCAUGGCCAUGGAUGAUGGAGGGUUCGCAACGUUCGAACUGAACCACAGGCGAAAUGGAGAUGUCCACGGCCACAAACACUCUCUCACCAGGAAAAACAUUUAUGCAAAGUCGCCCCCUCGGCCCAGCCCAGGCAGCAUUGUGUACUCUGAUGAGGAGAGUACCACUAAAUAUGACAUGGAGCCAACAGGCGAGAGCAGCAGCCUGACUGAGAAGCCGUCAGACCUCGGUGACUCCACCUCGGAGGUGAGUGAAAGUGAUUAUGAGAGCUACACCCGAGAAGAUCCACACUCAUUUGUCAAUCACUAUGCAAGCGACCCCAUGUAUCAAUCCUGGAAGAGGCAGAACAAUAUCGGGACCAAGGCAUACAGCUACACAGACAGUGAGCCGGAGAUGCCGCAUGUCUACACCAACCCUCAAGCUUUAGCCAACGGCAUGGCAGCAGGGUCAAGGGCACCCCUCCCCGGCUUCUCAUCUUUUGUAUGACGACUGUUCCUCUUGCAAUAAACAAGAUAUAUAUUUUUGUACAAAACUGAAUUCUGUGGAUCUGGAAUGUAGAUUUUAUUACGGAUGAUUGUUGGUGGGAAACCUUAAAUUGCUUAAAUAUUGUUAUUAUUUAAGAGAAGGUGCUACUGUAUAUGGGUGUUGUGCACUGGAGACCAAGUGUUGUAUAUAAAGCAGAAGACAAUUUGUUUGUUGUUUGUGUUGCUGCUAGGUUAUUGUAGUGGAGGCUUGUCUCUGUUAGAAGGGCUGAUAUUAGAUAGCAUCCUGAAAUGGGUCAGAUUUUCAGUUUUGGCAGAGGACAAUGAUACGUUCAUAGAUCCUAGUCAUUGUGAAAACACACGGGCUCCAGAGGCUUGUCUCUGAUGAAAGAUGACCUCUUACUUAAAAUAACAGCAAACUACAAUGUAUGUCAGCUCUCUUCACUCCGCACUACAUUGUUAGAUACUUAGCAUGUUGUUCACAAUGUUUGUACUUUCACCACAACUCACCCAUUAUGUAGUUUGAAUGGCAACUCAAGACCUGCCUAACUUUUGGAUUAGACUAUUUUAAGGAGCAGUUUGUGCUUGUUCUGAGUCCCCAGAAAUCAAUGUGAAUUCUAAUGUUAAAGUGUUCCUUACAUAUUGUAAGUCUCAGGUUAGCAGAUGAAUGCCAUCAUUUAUAGGAACAAUUUCCAUUGGGAACUUUGUACUUUUUUAAUUCCCUGUUACAUUUGUAAAAUUACAUUAAGUGCCUGAUAUUUGUACAUUUGUAUAAAUGUGGGAAGAGCUAGAAC